UGGCUCAAGCCCCAUAAACAAAACUGCCAUGGCGUCUUCAGGCCGCCCCGCACGGGCGCUGUUGCUGGCCUUGCUCGGGCUGUCGCCCGUGUUCCUGGCCCCUCAGAAGGCAGUGCCAGCUCAAGCUGCUGAGGAGCUGUCGCGGCGGGCGGCUGCUGCCCCGCUGCUCGCGACCCUCGCGGCGUUGGCGGGAGGCGAGGCUGCCCACGCACAAGCGGCCAACGUGGCUCCCAGCUUGCCGACUGUGGAUGUGCCAGAUCGUAUCAACGCAGACCCGUAUGAGCUCAUCGGCAUGGACAAUAUUGACGAUAAGAAGGAGGACUACCGGACCUUCUACAUGAAGCAGAAGUAUCGCCAGGACACCUACCAGGUGAUGAAGCACAUGAAGAUCUCGGCCUCCUUGGACAAGGGCACGCCCAACAUGGAGAAAUGGAACACGCGCGUCAAGAAGGAGAUGAACGACUGGCUCGCCAUCUAUCGUCGUCAGAACCUUUCUGUCGGCAGGCAGAGCUACUAUUCCCUGUACUCGGCCAUCAACACCCUGGCUUCGCAUUUCACGUCCUAUGGUCCGAAGUUCCCGUUCCCCAACAAGCGAAGGCCCCGAUUCUUCGAGCUGUGCCAGCAGGUGGAGAAGUACUUGGAGAAGGGCAAGUGAGAUGCGACGUAUGACGGCAUGUUUGACACGGUACGGGUAUAAGUCUUGCAGAAGGACCGCAGGAUGCAGGCAGCUUUUGGUCCAAUAUAUCCACAGGCCCGGCCUAGUUUGCUUGGGCAAGUUUUCUCACCAUGUUUUUCGCACGGUGCUUGUGGAGUCAAGUAGCC